AUGACAUUUGACAUGACUGAAGAAAAGAUCAAAGCUACGCUACAGACGACGCUAAAGCAUCUAGGAGGGCAACCGCUAUCGGAGCUCAAGCUGAACUCGAAAGGGCUGGAGAUCUUGUCAGUGGAGCAGUUCGACACGUUCACGCCGCUGGGUGGAAAGAAGGACUUUGUGGGCCAUGUGCAGAGCUUUGCGGAGCCUCGCGCGCUGCAGUUCGAGGUGGAUAAGGAUGACCACUUUUUGAUUAUUAAGCUCGUUAAGCCCGUGCAGUCCGGGGAGGAGUUCGUUAUCCGCACAGUGUCGGUAGCCACUCCAACGGAGAACAUCCUGGAGGGUUUGUACUUUGAUUACACGCCUGCGGGUGCCCCCAAGACCAUCAUCACCCAGUGCCAGCAGCACGGAUUUCAGCGCAUCGUGCCGUGUAUCGACACGAUGGAUGCUAAGGCAUACUACACCACCACCAUCGUGGCAGACAAGCGCUACACUAACAUCAUCACGAACGGAGACUUGGCUCCUGGAUACCACACAGAGACUGGUGUACCUGUGUUCCACCCCACAUCGGAAGUUUUGGGCGUGGAUGACUCCUCGCGUCAUGUGCUUAAGUACUACAACCACAAGGUGAACAUGGCGCCGUAUCUCUUCUUCCUUGGUGUCGGCACGUACGAGACGUUCCGACGCACGCUCGAGUUCCCCGAUGGUGACUCGACACUACUGGAGAUCUUGGCGUUCCCGGGCUACUUUGAACCGGCUGAUGCCAAGGCUGCUGUCAAGAUGCUACACGACUCUGUGUUGUGGGUCAUGGUGAGUCUGGGCCCGGAAGCCUGCGAGCAUCACGACGAGCGCAAGCGUAUCUAUGAGUUGCUGGACGAACGCGAGGCGCUUAAGGCCAAGGAAGGUCCGUUAUGUCUUGGACCGAACGAGGAACACACUAAAACCCCUCUGAACGCCUCGGAUGCUGCACGCUUGGUUGCUGUUCGCGCGGAACUGAAGGAUCUGCUGAAGGUGUGGAAGAAGACUGGCUACAAGUACACUGGUGCCGUGUACCGCGAGAUUGCGAUGGAGAACUCGUACUAUGGCGGUAUGGAAAACGUCGGUAACACCACUAUCGUCAGCUCUUGCCUGUGUCCGAGCUGCCGUAUGGACGACAAGUCGUACGAGUACAUGGAACACGUGAAGGUCCACGAGUACUACCACAACAUCAACGGCAGCCAGGUGACUGGCCAGUCUCCAUUUGAGAUCUGGCUGAACGAAGCUGUCACGGUGCACAUGGAGCGCAAGCGUGCUGCGGCCAUUUUCGGCGAGGACUAUAGUCGUCUGAGCGAGGUGCUGUACAUGUUCACCCCGGCUAUUGGACCGCUUGCGCAGGACAAGUCUGCGACGUCUCUGUCGGUCGAACCGCAGGGUUUCAACCAGACGCAGGAGCUUGUUUCUGUCGUAACCUACUCCAAGGCUCCUGAGUUCGUCCGUAUGGUGCAGUUGCUACUAGGCGACGCCACCUUCCACAAGGCUCUUGACAUGUACCACACCAAGUAUGCAUUCGGCAACGCCACGAGUAUGGAGUGGAUCAAGUGCAUGGAAGAAUGUUCCGGUCUGAACCUGCAGAACUUGGCCAAGACGUGGCUAAACCGCCCUGGUCACCCAGAGGUAACCUACUCUACAGAAUUCAACGCUGCUUCGAACGAGUACAUCGUGGAGAUUUCGCAGACGGGCUUCGAGGACAAGCCUGUCGAGAACAACGGACCGUGGGAGAUUCCGAUUGACUGGUCUCUUGUUAAGGACGGCAAGUCGCUGAAGAGCGGUGUGCUCCUCAUGAAGUCGAAGGAUGCCAAGCUUGUUAUCCCUGAUGUCGUGGAGGAGCCAGACUUUCUGUCUUUUGCUCGCGGUUGGUCAUUCUUCGGCAAGUCCAAGCAGACGAACCCGUCGGUCGCUCGGCUCACGAAGCAAGCGCUGUCUGAUCCAGAUGCUGUUAACAAGUACCAGGCCUACCGCAGCGUGGCAGAUUUUGAGAAAGCCAAGGUGAUCGAAGGACUGCUCAAGGGCGACAAGAACGUGGAGAUCUCGUCUGAAUUCGUGGAACUACAUGGCUCGAUUUUGUUCUCGAAUGAGCUCGCCCCUUCCGCGCGUGCGCUGACGUUGGGAGAAGCCAAGACAAUCCCAAACCAUGAUGAGUUGAGUCAUCACUAUUGUGCUAUUAAAAAUGCGACCACUGCGCUGCUACAAGCUGUGUGGGCUAAGUAUUCGAAGCAGAUCGAGGCUGCAUACUCGAAAUUGUGUCAGGAAGCCCGUUCUGGCCCCAUCCCGAGCACCCCAACUACUGCGCCAUCUACUUUAGCGCUGGAUUUGUUAAGAAACUCGACGUUCGCCAGUGAGAAGGCCACUGGGUUUCGCAUGGUGUUAGAAGAUGAAGCUUUUGCGGAUCGCGCAAACGUGCAAAAAGAGAUUUUUAAGGAAUGGAGCAAGACUCCCGACAUGCUGACGAAGUACAUUGGCAUCGUAAGCAGUUUGGACUCGAGGGAUGUGGGGAAGCAGAUUCGGAUCCUGCUCGAUGAUCCAAGUUUCAACCCUGCUCAGUCCGGUCAUGGUCGUGCUGUGACUCGGUCUCUAUCGCAGAUCCGCGAUUUCUCGCUGGCCACAGACGAGGGUCUCGACGUGAUGGCGCAGGCGUUUGUGAAGAUCGGCAAGGUCAAUCAAAUGUCUGCGUACCCAUUGCUACAAUGCUUCGACCACUUAGACCGGGUUGACGACGCCACAAAGACAAAGAUGUUUGCGACGCUGCAGCGCAUGCAAGACUCGAUCGACAAGAAAGAGGAGGAAUCGCUCUACAACCAACUCAGUCUUAUCCUGGAGAAGCAGUAA